UUCUUGCACGAGGAAGGCAAAAAGGACCUUUUCUACUGAAAGAUUAAGACUAAAAGCAACAAUCGCUCUGAAUAAUUCUAAUGGGCAUUUCAGAGAUUCAAGGAAGGCUGCAUCACUGCCGUUAUUAUUACCAUCCUUAUCAUUUCUCUGUGCCCAUACAUUUAAAAUACCUGAUGAAAGGAACGGUGAAACCAUAUGUUGAAGGAGCUGCAUCUCAUUAGUCCAGUAUUAUUUUCAUCUGAUUGGAGAAGAAUGGUGUCUUCAUUCGUAAAUGUAUAUAGUAGGAUAGAUAAUUUACUGGCUGGUAAGUGUCGAGGUAUUUUUUUCUUCCACUUUCAGCUUUUUAACCGCGUCUCUUGCUUGGUCCUGGGGUGCAGAAUACCCUAAUCCAAGGCAAGAUGAGUGUUUCAAUCCUAGGUGCCUCUUCAGCUGUCACUUCCCUUUAGAUCUGCUCAUUGCAUGGGCAUGUGCUUUAGAAAGAUUAAUCAUCUCUAAAUGCUUUAAUCAGCUAAAAUGACUAAUAUGUGUUUUGCAAACAUCAAGAAAUGAUGAAACCUUCCACAGCAGAGACACUUCAUAAAGGAAGGAUGUUGUGGAUAGUUCUUCUAAGCACAAUUGCUCUAGCAUGGACUACACCAAUUCCCUUGAUAGAGGACUCGGAGGAACUCGAUGAGCCCUGCUUUGAUCCAUGUUACUGUGAAGUAAAGGAGAGCCUUUUCCAUAUACAUUGUGACAACAAAGGAUUUAUAAAUAUUAGUCAGAUAACACAGUCAUGGUCGAGACCGUUUAAACUUUAUUUGCAGAGGAAUUCCAUGAGGAAAUUGUACACCAACAGUUUUCUUCACUUGAACAAUGCUGUGUCUAUUAACCUUGGGAACAAUGCACUGCAGGACAUUCAGACAGGGGCUUUUAAUGGGCUCCGAGUUCUGAAGAGGUUGUAUUUGCAUGAAAACAAAUUGGACAUUUUCAGAAAUGACACUUUCCUAGGUUUGGAAAGUCUGGAAUAUCUGCAGGCAGAUUAUAAUGUCAUUAAACGGAUUGAAAGUGGUGCGUUUCGAAACCUAAGUAAAUUGAGGGUCCUCAUCCUAAAUGACAAUCUUAUCCCUAUGCUUCCCACCAAUUUAUUUAAGUUUGUGUCCUUAACCCACUUGGACUUGCGUGGGAACCGGCUAAAAGUCCUUUCAUACCGUGGGAUGUUGGACCAUAUUGGCAGGAGCCUGAUGGAGAUCCAGCUGGAGGAGAACCCGUGGAACUGUACGUGUGAGAUCGUGCAGCUGAAGAGCUGGCUGGAGCGCAUCCCCUAUACUGCCCUGGUGGGGGACAUCACCUGCGAGACCCCCUUCCACUUCCAUGGGAAGGACCUGCGGGAAAUCAAAAGAAGUAAGCUCUGUCCCAUGCUGUCCGACUCUGAGCCUUCGUCCAUGCUGUCCUCCUUCCAUUUCACUGCUUCCUCUGUUGAGUACAAAACAUCCAACAAGCAGCCCAAACCCACCAAGCAGCCCAGGGCACCCCGGCCUCCCCCGACAUCCCGCGGCCUAUCCCCUGGGCCAAACCAGCCACCAGUGGCUGCCUACCAGACCCGGCCCCCUAUCCCCAUCAUCUGCCCUACUGGCUGCUCUUGCAGUUUGCACAUCAAUGACCUUGGCCUGACAGUCAACUGCAAAGAACGAGGGUUUCACAACAUCUCUGAGCUCCUGCCCAGGCCCUUGAAUGCCAAGAAGCUGUACCUGAGCGGGAAUUUGAUCCAGAAAAUCUACCGCUCUGAUUUCUGGAAUUUUUCUUCCUUGGAUCUCUUGCACCUGGGGAACAAUCGGAUCUCCUACGUGCAGGAUGGGGCUUUUAUCAACCUACCGAAUCUCAAAAGCCUGUACCUGAACGGCAAUGACAUCGAGCGGCUUACCCCGGGCAUGUUCCGGGGCCUGCAGAGUUUGCAUUACCU